UGGCAGAGCUUCCUGUAUGCUGCUGCCGUCGGGUGUCCAUGGCCCGCAAGCUGCCACUGCAGCAGUCAGAGUGGUAACCAGAGGCUCAGUCCAUGCUGUGCCCCCUGGACAGUGUUGGCAAGGCUGAGCAAGAGGCCUCUGCAUCUUGACACCUAAGAGAGCAGGGCCGGAGUCUCACCAGAGUGGAGAACCAUGUUGCGCCGCAAGCCCUCCAACGCCAGCGAGAAGGAGCCCACUCAGAAAAAAAAGCUCUCCCUUCAGCGCUCCAGCAGCUUCAAGGAUUUUGCCAAAUCCAAACCUAGCUCCCCCGUAGUGAGCGAGAAAGAAUUUAAUCUGGAUGAUAAUAUUCCAGAAGAUGACUCAGGUGUCCCUACCCCAGAGGAUGCUGGGAAGAGUGGCAAAAAGUUGGGAAAGAAAUGGAGGGCAGUGAUUUCCCGAACCAUGAACAGGAAGAUGGGCAAGAUGAUGGUGAAGGCCCUUUCAGAAGAGAUGGGAGACACACUGGAGGAGGGCUCAGCCUCCCCAACAUCCCCAGACUGUGGCUUGGACAGCCCUGGACCUGAGAAGAUGGCCCUAGCUUUUUCUGAGCAGGAAGAGCGUGAGUUCCCAGCGCUCAGCCGCCAAGCAUCUACAGGCAGACCUCCUGAAAAGUACCUGCCAGGCACUGACUACCCUGGGACAAAACUGAGCCUUCUCCCUGCACCAUCUCCUGCAGGCAGUGAGCUCUGCAGCCCCAGCCCAGGCUCUGGCAGCUUCAUGGAGGAGCCACCUGCCCCCCAGUACACAGGGCCUUUCUGUGGUCGAGCACGAGUCCACACUGACUUCACUCCCAGUCCCUAUGACCAUGACUCACUGAAACUGCAGAAAGGAGAUGUGAUCCAGAUCAUUGAAAAGCCGCCUGUGGGCACAUGGCUAGGCCUGCUCAAUGGCAAGCUGGGCUCUUUCAAGUUCAUCUAUGUGGAUGUGCUGCCUGAGGAGUCAGUGGGGCCUGCCCGCCCCAGCCGCCGACAGAGCAAGGGCAAGAGGCCCAAACCAAAGACUCUGCAUGAGCUACUGGAGCGCAUCGGCCUAGAGGAGCACACGUCCACCCUGCUGCUCAAUGGUUACCAGACGCUGGAGGACUUCAAAGAGCUGAGAGAAACACACCUCAAUGAGCUGAACAUCAUGGACCCACAGCACCGGGCCAAGCUGCUCACAGCUGCAGAGCUGCUGCUGGACUAUGACACUGGCAGUGAGGAAGCAGAAGAGAGCACCGAAAGCAGCCAGGAGCCGGUGCCACACACAGUGUCGGAACCCAAGGUGGACAUCCCUCGUGACUCUGGCUGCUUCGAGGGCUCAGAGAGUGGGCGCGAUGAGGCAGAGUUGGCUGGUGCUGAGGAACAGCUGCAUGGCCUCUCCCUAGCUGGAGCACCUUGACAUGGAGCUGGUGUAGGCCAAGGCUGGGCCUCAGCUGUAGAGGCCACAGGGAUGGGCCCAGCCUCCCGUUAAUGGCCCAGGCCCAGAGGACUGGUGUUGAGGCUGGCCUUGCUUCCCCAGAACAGCUUAGGGCCAAAGGCCUAUAGGCUCAGCUGGAGUGGAUGAGUGUCGUCCAGAGGCACAUCCCACCUGCCUGAUCUCCUUCCUCCACCAGCGACUGACAGCACAGCCCCUCCUGGCACCACCCUCUCCCUGGCUCUGGCCACACUAAGUGGGGCACCAAGGGACCUGCCCAUGUCCCUCGCCACAAAAGUCCCCCAAACCCUCAUCACCCCUACUCCGCUGUCGCACUGCUCCUGCAAAAGGUGCCAAGUCAGUGUUUCAGAUUAUUCUCAAAACCCUAGGGAAGCUGGCCAUUUAAAAGGACCCUGGUUGGGCUUCGGCAAUUCAGAGUUCCCUAAAAAAGGUUUGAAGAAAGUUGCAUGUGCCAUUCAUACUGUCCUUAACUUCUUAGAAGUUUGGCUGCUAAAUAACUCUGAGACUUGAACCAAAUACCUGUCCCUUUCUGGGUUUAGGACUGGCAGGGGUUAGACUGGGUGGUCACUGAAGGCCUUGCCAAGCAUGAUGUUCUGCAUCUUUAAAGGUCUGUUGUCCUGCUACCCACAGUCCAGGACACUGGUGGCACUUACUGAGAGGGCUGGAGGGGCCUUGGGCUUUCAAACGAAAUGGCUUUUCCUGCUCAUCUGUUUCAUACCUUCCCACGUGACUCAGGCCAAAUCACAACUUCUCCCAGCUUAAAACAAUGCCCAUACCUCAUAUGAUAUGUUCCCUCCUUCUGUUCCUGUCCCCCUCAAAUGAGAUUUCCCACAGCCAGAUGGCAAAGUGUCAUGCAUGACUACAAAAGACACAAUGACCCGUGGAAGCCAGAUGCAGGUAUGGGCUCAGGCAUGGCCACUUAUCUGAAUCGUCACAAGCAAAGAAAGCACUGUGCUUGACACUGGGAAGUCUACUACCCUCCCACGUUGCUUUGCUAAGGGUUUUGGCAACCCUGAACUCCAAAGGGUGGGGACGUUAUCUGUUGGUGGGGCCUCCCUUGAUCCUGGUAGCAAAUCUGUGCCUUAAAUCUCCCAGAGCAGUCCUUCCCUGGUGUGGGACAAACAGUGACCACACCAUCUAGGACUGCUUGCUUUGUGCACACGCUUCUUGACCUACCAGGAACUUUGGUAAAAGCUAGCUUUGGGGAAGGAGUUGGGUGUAAAUAUGAGGGCGUGGAGGGAGACAUCUUGGUAGCAAUAAAUAUAGGUACAACUAAAUUGCUGUCUCCAAUUCUCUUUCCUAUUGAGAAAGGGUUGGGGGGCGACAGAUGGGACUCCUUCAAAACUGGCCUCAGCAUAAUAUCCUUCCAUUGUCUUUUCAGGACUAUCUUUCCCCUCCCCAUUUAUGCACAGUGCCCUUGAUUCUGCUGACCUAAAAUCACAUCCAGCAGCUCUGCCCUUCCCUCCAGCAGCCCUUCUGAGAAGAGGGUUCAGGCUUCCAUAGCCACAGGCCUCGCUUGGGUCUGAGAGCAGAUUCAUUUUAACAAGAGCUUUGAAAACAUUCACCCCUAUAAAGAAGGGCCUCCAUGGAGGAGGAGGGCUGUCCAGGGUGCAGGAGAGGGAUAGUUAGGGUCAGCAAGCCUUUCCUCUGAAUUCCUCCUUCUGGGCUGCACCAUCUCCUGGGUGGUUGCAUGGAUUUGGAGGCUUCUGGCUUCCUUUCUGUUUCUGCAGUGUUAACUGUACUAGGGAAGACACACUGGAGUGAGAACUACCACCAGAGUGGGAACAAGGCCACUCUGCUU